AGUCCGCGCAUGCGCUGUACGUUCCACGGUAUGAGGGUGGCGUCUGGGGUGUGCCGGCAGGGUCCUUGGGAGCGCAGGCCAGGCGUAGCAGAGACAGAAGAUACCUGCUUCUCCGUUCCAGGCCCCUCUAGCCUCAAACAUGGCGGGUGGCAUUACCGACACAGGGGAGCUGUACUCUCCUUACGUCGGCCUGGUUUACAUGUUCAACCUUAUCGUUGGUACGGGAGCCCUAACCAUGCCGAAGGCCUUUGCCACCGCUGGCUGGCUCGUCAGCCUCAUUCUCAUAAUGUUCCUGGGCUUCAUGAGUUACAUGACUACAACAUUUGUGAUGGAAGCCAUGGCCGCUGCUAACGCCCAGCUGCGUUGGAAGAGAAUGGAAAAGCACAAGGAAGACGACGAUGAAGAUUCUUCCUCUGGGGUCUCUGAUAGUGAUGUUCUCCUCCCAGAUGGCUAUGCACGAUCAGAGACGCGGCCUAUCCUGUCAGUUCAGAGACGUGGCUCACCCAAUAUCUUUGAAAUCACCGAGAGGGUGGAAAUGGGUCAGAUGGCCUCUAUGUUCUUCAAUAAAGUGGGGGUCAACUUGUUUUACUUCUGUAUAAUCAUCUACCUCUAUGGGGACCUAGCGAUCUACGCAGCUGCUGUGCCAGUCUCGCUCAUGCAGGUGACCUGCAGCGUAACUGGCAAUCACUCCUGCGGUGUUGAAGAUGGCACAAAGUAUAACGAUACAGACAAGUGCUGGGGGCCAAUCAGGCGGAUUGAUGCUUACAGACUCUAUCUGGCAGCAUUUAUUCUACUACUGGGUCCUUUCACCUUUUUUAAUGUCCAGAAGACCAAGUAUCUGCAGAUCAUGACAUCCCUGAUGAGAUGGAUAGCUUUUGUCGUCAUGAUUAUUUUGGCCCUCAUCCACAUCGGCAAGGGUGAAGGGGAAGGUCACCCACCUCUGGCGCAGCUCUCGGGGAUCCCCAACCUCUUUGGGGUGUGUGUCUACUCCUUCAUGUGCCAGCACUCACUGCCGUCCCUCAUCACUCCAAUCUCCAAGAAGCAGCAUGUAAACAAGCUGGUGCUGCUGGAUUACAUCUUAAUAUUGGGUUUCUACAGCCUCCUGUCCUUCACGGCCAUCUACUGCUUCCGCAAUGAGACCCUCAUGGACAUGUACACGCUCAAUUUCACCAACAGUAACAUCACCAACAUCGCCUUCAUUCGUUACUUCCUGGGCCUCUUUCCUGUUUUCACUAUCAGCACUAACUUCCCGAUCAUCGCUGUGACCCUGCGGAACAACUGGAAGACCCUCUUCCACCGGGAAGGUGGGACGUACCCAUGGGUGGUGGAUAGGAUUGUCUUUCCAGCAAUCACUCUGAUUCCCCCUGUGCUGGUGGCUGUCUGCACACAUGAUUUGGAGUCCCUGGUGGGCAUCACGGGAGCCUAUGCUGGCAAUGGGAUCCAGUACAUCAUCCCAGCUUUCUUGGCCUACUGUAGUCGGAAGGACACUCAGCUGGUCUUCGGCAGUGGCACAGUCAAUAACCAUCUGUCCCCUUUCCGGCACAUCUUCUGGAUCUGGUUUGUGCUGCUCUGGAGUCUCUUUUGCUUUGUGUUUGUGACUGCAAAUAUCAUCCUGAGUGAGACAAAACUCUGAUGAUGGGGCAGCAGCACUCUUCAUCCAGGGCUCUGGGGGAGAUUCCAGGAUUUCAACUCCU